AUGACCGGCUGGGACGGCCAGGGGUCCAAGAAUGUGAGCCGGGCGGGCAGUGGGGACACGGGCGGCUGGCAGCUGGCAGCUGUCCUCGUGCCUCUGCUCUUCGGGCUCAUCUUCCUCGCGGGCACGGUGGGCAACGCGCUGGUGCUGGCCUUGCUGCUGCGCGGUGGGCAGGCGGUCAGCACCACCAAGCUGCUCAUCCUCCACCUGGGCGUGGCUGACCUGUGUUUCAUCCUGUGCUGCGUGCCCCAGGCCACCAUCUACACCCUGGACGGCUGGGUGUUCGGCUCACUGCUCCGCAGGGCUGUGCAAUUCCUCGUCUUCCUCACCAUGCACGCCAGCAGCUUCACGCUGGCCGCCGUGUCCUUGGACAGGUAUCUGGCCAUCUGCUACCUACUGUACUCCCGCGAGCUACGGACACCUCGCAAUGCGCUGGCGGCCAUCGGGGUCAUCUGGGGGCUGUCCCUGCUCUUCUCCGGGCCCUACCUGAGCUACUACCGCCAGUCACAGCUGGCCAACUUGACCGUGUGCCACCCGGCGUGGAGCAUGUCUCGCCGCCGCGCCAUGGACCUCUGCACCUUCGUCUUCAGCUACUUGCUCCCGGUGCUUGUCCUCGGCCUGACCUACGCGCGCACCCUGAGCUACCUGUGGCGCGCCGCCGGCCCAGUGGCUGCGGGUUCAGGCAGCCGGCGCGCCAAGCGCAAGGUGACACGCAUGACCAUCAUCGUGGCCGCGCUCUUCUGCCUCUGCUGGCUGCCCCACCACGCGCUCAUCCUCUGCGUGGCGUUCGGCCGCUUCCCGCUCACGCGCGCCACCUACGCGCUGCGCAUCCUCUCGCACCUGGUCUCCUACGUCAACCCCAUAGUCUACGCGCUGGGCUCCAAGCUCUUCCGCAGGAUCUGCGCAGGCCUGCUGGACCGCACCUCGCGCCGAGCCUCCCGCGCACGCGGGACACCCUCAGUGGCAGCUGCGCGCUGGAGCGGGCGUCCACCCGCCUGA